GUUCCUGCCCCUUAGACUACUGUCUCCCCUUUUCUUCCAAACAAAGAAAUCAAGUCUUUAACAGGUAAACAAAGAUAGCAGAAGACGACUCUUUCCAUCUAGAUAAUACUAUAACAGAGACCUUGAGAGAGAGAGAGAGAGAGAGAGAGAGAGAGAGAGAGAGAGAGAGAGAGAGAGAGAGAUGGGAAGACCACCUUGCUGUGACAAAGUAGGAGUGAAAAAGGGGCCAUGGACACCAGAAGAGGACAUCGUAUUGGUUUCAUACAUCCAAGAACAUGGACCAGGGAACUGGAGAUCUGUUCCUACUAAUACUGGUUUGUUGAGAUGUAGCAAGAGCUGCAGGCUGAGAUGGACUAAUUAUCUGAGGCCAGGCAUCAAAAGGGGUAACUUCUCUGAUCACGAAGAGAAGAUGAUCGUCCACCUCCAAGCCCUUCUAGGCAACAGAUGGGCUGCAAUAGCUUCGUAUCUCCCACAAAGAACAGACAACGACAUCAAGAACUACUGGAACACCCAUUUGAAGAAGAAGCUCAAGAAGCUUCAAGGGCAAGACGGUCAGAACAAGGACGAGAUCUCAUCUUCUUCAAAAUCAAUCUCCAAGGGCCAGUGGGAGAGAAGGCUCCAAACUGACAUCCACACGGCCAAGAAAGCCCUCUGCGAGGCCUUGUCCCUUGACAAAUCAAUCAACUUAUCAAACCUAAAACCCAAUAUUCUCAGCCCAACAACAGACCAAUCCUCCUCCUCCAAAACCGCCUAUGCAUCCAGCACCGAAAACAUAGCUAGAUUGCUCCAAACCUGGAUGAAAAACCCACCUAAUAACAAGUCAUCCCAAACAAGCUCGGAAACAAACACUCAAAACUCGUUCAUCAACGCGGUCGGAGCGAGUUCUUCUAGUCCUAGCGAGGGGACAAUGAGUUCGGCGACUCCGGAGGGAUUCGAUCUCUCCGUUUUCGGGUUCCAUUCGCAUGCCUCUCAAUCGGUGUCGGUGGACGAGACGACAAAUUUCGCGCCUGAUCAGUGUAGUCUUUUUCAAGAUGAGAGCAAGCCGAGUUUGGAUCAUCAGUUGGUUCCGUUGUCGUUGCUGGAGAAAUGGCUGUUUGAUGACGGAGCUGGUGCGGGGCAAGGACAAGGUUACGUAAUGGAUAUGUCCUUGGGGGAAUCUGAUGAGCUGUUUUAGAUUAGGGAAUGGUUCUUCUUCCGUAACUGUCUACUAGCAGUGCUAGAGGUGUUCCACAAGUGUAGAUCCGACAAGAAUACCUAACAAAAAAUGUGUGGUGUCUAGAACAGUAAUCGGAGAGGGUUCAAUCACUUUAGAUUAUGGUUAUGAAAGUCUAUGGCGUUUUUUGUUUUUGAUGAAAACAAAAUAGUAGAAGGAAACGAUCAGAUCGAGCGGGACAAUCUUUGUGUGAUGAAAGCACGUUGGACCUUUGGGUUUUUGUUUUUUUGUACUUUAAUUGUACUUUCUCUUGUCUUGUUUAGAGUUCUGUUUUGAGGUUGAGAAAGAAAAGAUGAUAUCUCCUAAAGUUGUAAAUUACAGGCAAAUAUAUCUACUUGUACUUCAUCGGAAUAAAUCUUACUUUUUUUUUCCUUUU